AUGGGGGCGGAGCCUCGCCACCCAGUUCACGCCUGCGCUCUGCGUCCAGCCAAUCAGCGACGUGUCCAGAUGAGGCGGGACUGGCUUUUCUCCUGUGCGAAUCCCAGCUUACCUCAGAAGCGUCGCGGAGAAGGGGCCACCUCAGGUGAAGCGCACUUGUGGAGGAGUUGUGGAGGACGCCUGUCGACGACCGGUAACUGGUCCUCGGCCAUUGCGGUGUGUUUCAGGAAGCAUCUAAAUAUGGUGUCCUCCGGAAAAAAGUAUUCCAGGAAAUCUGGGAAGCCGUCUGUGGAAGAUCAGUUUACGAGAGCUUAUGACUUUGAGACUGAAGAUAAGAAAGAUCUGAGUGGAUCAGAGGAAGAUGUUAUUGAAGGGAAGACUGCAGUCAUUGAGAAACGUAGGAAGAAAAGGUCUUCUGCAGGAGUAGUUGAAGAUAUGGGGGGUGAAGUGCAGAAUAUGCUGGAAGGAGUUGGAGUUGACAUUAACAAGGCUCUUCUUGCCAAGAGAAAGAGACUAGAAAUGUAUACCAAGGCUUCUCUCAAAACUAGUAACCAGAAAAUUGAACAUGUUUGGAAAACACAACAAGAUCAAAGGCAGAAGCUUAACCAAGAAUAUUCUCAGCAGUUUCUGACUUUGUUUCAGCAGUGGGAUUUAGAUAUGCAGAAAGCUGAGGAACAAGAAGAAAAAAUACUUAAUAUGUUUCGACAGCAACAAAAGAUUCUUCAACAAUCUAGAAUUGUUCAGAGCCAGAGAUUGAAAACAAUUAAACAGUUAUAUGAGCAGUUCAUAAAGAGUAUGGAAGAGUUGGAGAAGAAUCAUGAUAAUCUACUUACUGGUGCACAAAAUGAAUUUAAAAAAGAAAUGGCUAUGUUGCAAAAAAAAAUUAUGAUGGAAACUCAGCAGCAAGAGAUAGCAAGUGUUCGGAAGUCUCUUCAAUCCAUGUUAUUCUGAUGACUCUUUGAAGAAAGAACUUGAACCUAAGUAAUAUGAUACAAUUAUAACGUUAGCUAAGAAGCAUAUUGUAAGUCUUUAGAAUAGUUUAAUUGUAACAUCUUUAAUCAUAAACCUGUUUCAUUGUAAGACCUCCCUUUCUGUUAAGUCAAAUCUAAAUAGUUAUGAGUUAGUUAGCAACUAUUCCUAAAGAAUAUGUAUUAAGCUUUCAGCUCUUUAGUAAUGAUAGUGAAUUUUUCUCUCUAACACUGUCAAUUAAAUAAAGACGAUUUAAUUUUA